AUGUCGGGAGGUAUUUCCACGAAUCUUAAAGUGUCUUAUUAUUUAAUAUUUAUUCUCGUUUUGCUCUUUUCGUCGGUGUCUUCGCACGAGCACGAUGAGUUGGAUCUGUCAAAAGAACAGGCAGCGAUAUCAACCUCCGAAAGUGUCCCUGAAUUUACAAAGGGCGCCGAUCCGAGGUCACUCAAGCGUCAGUUCAAGACGGCCGAGAUCGCCGACGCCGUGAUGGGUACCGAGGCCCCCAUUGACCAGUCCGACAUGGAGUCUCUCUACCCCAAGAACGUCAAGGACUUUCAGUUGGGCUUCUCGCCGCCAUGCGACGAUGACUCCGGGUGUCCUGCCACAGUUCCCGACGGUGACGGCGCCGAGUCAUCCCAGCCGGUGAUGCUGGACAUGGUUCAUGCUCCUUCCACCGACGAGAAAAACGCAGAGACCGCCAAGACUUUCAAAGUCAACUGCGACCUGAGGAAUGUCAGCGGCUCCGAGGCCUUGAUGGUCAAUGUACUCAACGCGUCGCAGGACCUGAUGGAGUUCCUGAACGCCAACGGCACCGAGUGCUCUGUGGUUCUGUUCUUCACAGCGUGGUGUCAGUUCUCGGCCGGUCUGGCGCCACACUUCAACGCUCUGCCCCGGGUCUUUCCAGCCGUACAUUUCUUGGCCUUGGAUGCCUCACAGCACAGCAGCCUGUCGACCCGAUUUGGAACGGUGGCAGUCCCCAACAUCCUUCUAUUCCAAGGAGCCAAACCCAUGGCUCGCUUCAACCACACCGAGAGAACCCUGGACGUGCUGACCUCCUUUAUCACCAACCAGACGGGGUUGGAAGCGGGGCCGGAGAGGAACGUGACAGAUGCUGAUCGUCUGGGCCCGCUGGCCAGCGUGCCCGUCAAGAGCGUGGACUGGCUGCUGGUCUUCUCGGUGCUCUUCAUCACCUGCUUUACCGCCUACGGAAUCCUCCGUACUGACAGCAUACGGUGGCUCAUCCCGGGCCAGGAGCAUGAACAUCAGGAGUGA